UUUGGGACGACUGCGAGUUGCCUCGCUUCUUGUGUGAAAGUGGACAUUAGUUUAGAAAAAGAAGACGACAUUAAUAAUUGAAUUACAAACAAAAAUAUGUAUAGCAUUGAAAAUUACCCAAAAAAUUAUCGUGCGAGUGGUAUUGGACUUGUAAAUCUUGCGGCCUUGGGCUACAGUGAAAAUGAGGUUGGUAGUGGUCGUGGCAAGGGCGGCGGCAUCGGAGGCAGCAAUGCGAACAGCAAACCGAAGACAGGCCUAUACCCAUCGCUACCAUACCCCUCAUCUGAUUCGGUUGGUGGCAUGCCAUAUGUGGUAAAACAGACAACCCACGCGCAAAAUGCGUCAUUUACGGGCGGGCCCACAGCACCAGCAUCGGCGCCAUAUCCGAGUUCAACCCCAUAUCCAAGUUCCGCACCGUAUUCGCAGUUGCCGUAUCCGCAGAUGCCUCAGCCAUAUGGUGGUGGUGGAGCGAUUCCUUCGCUGCCUUAUCCAACAGUACCGUUAGCAGCCAUGCCGGGCUUACCCAGUAUGCCAAUGCCUUAUGCGCCGACUACACCACAGCCCCAAACGCCAGGACUCUACCCAACGCUGCCAACGCUACCCACUGGCGCUGGUUACCCAAUGGGUGGAGGUAUGCCAAUGCCCAUGCCCAGUUUUCCGCCGUUGCCCACACCGACAGCGCCGCCACCAGAAAGUGCGCCCUCCCCCGAGGAGGAGCCGUCUGUGGGUGUGGCAGAGUUGGCAUUUACCAGCAUGAAGGUGCCGGAGAACGAGAAUAUGUUCUGGCUAGGACGCAAGGCGGCCAGCACGCGUCAGCAGAGCGUGCGUGGAGGGGAUUUUGCUACUUUGCGGGAUUCCUGUGUGUCGAAUGGCACACUCUUUGAGGAUCCCGACUUUCCGGCCAACAACGAUUCGCUGAUGUUUUCCCGACGCCCCGAUCGCUACAUCGAAUGGUUGCGUCCCAGUGAGAUCGUCGACGAUCCUCAAUUCUUUGUUGAGGGCUAUUCGCGUUUCGAUGUCCAACAAGGCGAACUCGGCGAUUGUUGGCUCUUGGCUGCUGCGGCCAAUUUGACGCAGGAUGCGAAUCUCUUUUUCCGUGUCAUACCGCCCGAUCAGGAUUUCCAGGAAAACUAUGCGGGUAUUUUCCACUUCAAAUUCUGGCAAUACGGUAAAUGGGUCGAGGUGGUCAUCGAUGAUCGCCUGCCGACCUAUCAUGGUGAACUAAUCUACAUGCACUCGACGGAAAAGAAUGAGUUCUGGAGCGCGCUGCUCGAGAAGGCAUACGCUAAGCUGCACGGGUCCUACGAGGCAUUGAAAGGCGGUACUACAUGCGAGGCUAUGGAGGACUUCACGGGUGGCGUGACGGAGUGGUAUGACAUCAAGGAGGCUCCACCAAAUCUAUUUAGUAUUAUGAUCAAGGCUUCGGAACGCGGUUCCAUGAUGGGCUGCUCCUUGGAGCCCGAUCCACAUGUGCUGGAGGCAGAGACCCGUGAGGGUUUGAUUCGCGGACAUGCUUACUCUAUUACCAAGGUCUGCAUGCUGGACAUUGCAACGCCAAAUCGACAGGGCAAGCUGCCGAUGAUACGCAUGCGGAAUCCGUGGGGCAACGAUGCUGAGUGGAAUGGUCCGUGGAGCGAUAGUUCGCCGGAAUGGCGUUUUAUACCGGAUCACCAGAAAGAAUCGAUUGGUCUGAACUUCGAUCGUGAUGGUGAAUUCUGGAUGUCCUUCCAGGACUUUCUCAAUCAUUUCGAUCGUGUGGAGAUUUGCAAUUUGUCGCCCGACUCUCUCACCGAUGAACAGGAAAACAGAUCGCGCCGCAAGUGGGAGAUGUCCAUGUUCGAGGGCGAAUGGACUUCGGGUGUGACGGCGGGCGGUUGCCGUAACUUCUUGGAGACAUUCUGGCAUAAUCCCCAGUACAUUGUGUCGCUGGAGGAUCCCGACGAGGAGGACGAUGAUGGCAAGUGCACAGUAAUAGUGGCGCUGAUGCAAAAGAACCGUCGCAGCAAACGAAAUGUGGGCAUCGAUUGCCUUACCAUUGGCUUUGCGAUCUACCACUUGACUGAUAGGGAUCUGCUGGUGAAGCCGCAGGGUCUGAACUUCUUCAAGUACCGCGCCUCUGUCGCACGUUCCCCCCACUUCAUCAAUACGCGUGAAGUUUGCGCGCGUUUCAAGCUGCCGCCUGGCCAUUAUUUAAUCGUGCCCUCCACUUUCGAUCCCAACGAGGAGGGUGAGUUCAUCAUACGCGUCUUCUCGGAAACAAUGAACAAUAUGGAGGAGAACGACGAUACGGUAGGCUUUGGCGAGACAGACGAUCGCAUUGCACCUGCAUUGCCGCCACCCACGCCCAAGGAGGAGGAUGAUCCUCAGCGCAUUGCCUUACAGCGUCUGUUCAACAGCGUUGCAGGCGACGACGGCGAGGUAGACUGGCAGGAGCUUAAGCGCAUUUUGGAUCAUUCAAUGCGCGAUGUUAUGGGUGGCGAAGGCUUCUCAAAGGAUGCCGUGCGCUCUAUGGUCGCCAUGCUUGACAAGGAUCAUUCCGGUCGCCUGGGUUUCGAAGAGUUCGAGGCCCUGCUGACGGACAUUGCCAAAUGGCGGGCAGUCUUCAAACUCUACGAUAGCCGGCGUACCGGCAGCAUUGAUGGCUUCCAUCUGCGCGGCGCCCUCAACUCGGCGGGCUAUCAUUUGAACAAUCGGCUGCUUAACGCUCUGGCACAUCGGUACGGAUCGCGUGAGGGAAAGGUGCCAUUCGAUGAUUUCCUCAUGUGUGCCAUUAAGGUGAAGACCUUCAUUGAGAUGUUCCGUGAGCGCGAUACGGACAAUUCAGAUACGGCAUUCUUCAAUUUGGAUGAUUGGCUCGAGCGUACUAUAUACUCAUAAUUGGACAGUUGCAAUUGAAGCUAAUUUACGUCGAUUUAACAAUACAACUAUAUAUAAGUGCCACGUUUACUUAACCACAUACUUGUACAUACAUACAAACUGGGAAGCUGUGUAAAAUCGAGAGAAAUAGAAAAAAAAUAAUGCAUCACCAUGACCGGUAUUAGCUACCUUUUGAAGUCAUUAAAUCAGCAGCAUUGGAUGACACACACAGCUUUAUCAAAUGUCGAAACAUUCGCACAACAUUAACCGGAAAUAUGAAUUCAAGCGCUUCGUAAUUAGAACGACCUUGACGUGAAGAUAAAACCCGAAAAUCAACAAAAAAUUAAUACCCAGUGGUGCUCUAAAUAAACAUAUACACAUAGUAUAUGAAUGGCAUGCAAUUGUAUAUAUAUUAUAUAUACAUACAUAUAGUAUAUAUCUGCGUGCAUUUUAUCGCUGGAGGCAUGAGUAACAGCACUUUAUACAAAUAUUCAACAUGCCCCCUUCUCCAUUAAGUUGCCAAGCAAUGGGUUUGAAGAAUCAGUACAAAUAAACAGAAAUGCUAAUCAGAAUGCUUACAUAUUCAUCUGACGCUCAUACAUACAUGGUAUGUAUGUAUUAUGCCGUCACCUUUUUUAUAUCCGAUGCAUAUUUAUAUGUAUAUUUUCGUAAUCUCUAAUUGCUAUAUUGAUAUUUGUUCAAUUGGUACUAAAAAAAAACUGUCGAGCAAAGCGAACAAACGCAGCAAUCAAUUAAAUUCUUUGUGUAAUUGUUAUUGUCUUAAAAUAAAUAUUCUAUAUUUUGUCACA